GGUUCGCCUUCGAGAUUCAUACUUUCCUUAAUAUUCGGGGAUAAAGAAGCAGACAAAAUGGUCGCCGACGCACUCAUUUACCAUCCAACGGUGUCGCAUUACCUCAAGUUUGUCGCAACCACCACUGGUCGCGAUAAGGUCCUCCGAACUCUCCAAUACUUUUCUCGUUUCCUCGCAUGGUACCUCUACCGUACCAACCACCCAGCAUCAUCCAUCGCACCCUUUGAGGCGACCAAGAAGCAGUUCGGUGUUGCGCGCAAGCUCUUGCGCGUGGGCAAGUUCGUCGAGCACCUCAAGGCUGCGGCGAUCGCCACCGAUGCGAAGACCCUCGACCCCAUUGUGAGGUUUACCACAGUUGCAAGGCAGCUUGGAUAUGCUGGAUACAUGUUCUUUGACAAUGUGACGGUGCUCCACGCAGCCAACAUCCGCACUUUCAGCACCGCCCAGCGCCUCGUCCGAGAAGGCUACCGUGCCUGGUUCACCGGUAUCUCCUUCUCCAUCAUUUCCUCCCUCUACAGCUUGUACAAGCUCCGCGAGCGCGCCGCCCAGAUUUCCGAGAAGGACGGCGAGGGCGCAGUCGAGAAGAAGAAGGUCCAGAAAGAGGCCAAUGCCCUCAGGAUUCAGUUGCUCAGCGACUUGUGCGACAUCACCAUCCCGGGAACCACCCUCGGCUGGUUCAACCUCGACGAUGGUGCUGUCGGAUUGGCAGGCACCCUCAGCUCGCUUUUGGGCGUUUACUCCCAAUGGAAAAAGACUGCUUAAAUUGGAUUCUGGCAAACUCCCUUCAUCUAAUGUCAAUCUACAAGGCACUGGACCGUAAGAAGUGGAAUGUUCAUAUUCGGGUAAAUAUUGCAAUAUUGGACUAAAAAUGGGCUUCCUAGUUGAGUCAAUUUCUCGAUGCUUUUGGUUCGAGUCAAGCUUGCUGCUAUCGUCUGCCGCGUCUCUUUGACUGGCGCUUCUGUUCUUCGCCUUCUAUACUGCUUCGGCAAAUUUCCUAUGUACUUCAAUAUCAACAAACUUACUACCUCA